AUGGCCGCCACGGCGACGAUCUUGCUAGAAAGCCAACACAAGCACUAUACCAACCUCGACUUUCUCUCCGGCAAAGUCAUCCUCCACCUGCCGACCGAAGCUGCCAUUGGAGGCAUUCAAGUCAAGCUGGAAGGAGAGAGUCGAACGCGACUCUCGGGACCCCGGAAUCCACACAAUGCGAACUCGGAUAAGAAGCGGACGGAGCUGGAACAUCACAAGAUCUUGUACAAAGUUGCGACCGUUUUUCCCACCGCGGCAGUUAUGCAAGCCGGCCAACCCGCCACUUCCUACACUUUCGCCCCGGGCUCUUAUGAAUAUCCCUUUCAAUUCAAGUUCCCUUUCAAUAAUGCCUGCAACACCCACAAUAGCAUGCUCACCAAUCUCAACUUCACCGGGUACAAAGUCGAAAUGGCCCGCGACACCAACCGCCAUGUGAAAAAGACCCUUCCGCCAAGCUUAAGUGGGUUUGCUGGGAUGGCCGAUAUCAAGUAUUUCGUCAAGGUCACCGUCAUCCGCCCACAAUUCUACAAAGAGAAUAUUCGAGCUAUUGUACCAUUGAACUUCCUACCGAUUGAACCGCCGAGAACCGGAAACCCCAACGAAGAGACCUAUGCCCGGCGAAAACACCAAUUCUCAAAGCCCCCAAAUACUAACAGGAAGAAAAGUAUUUUCUCACGAAGUUCCAGCUCUCUCAAGGAUGGCAUGACCGAGCCUCCAAAGGUGACGCUGGAUGCCCGUCUCCCAAACCCUUCAAUUUUAACAUGCAAUGAGCCGGUGCCGCUUCGCCUGAUACUGAAGAAGUUAACCGACUCACCCGAUCGCAUCUAUCUUCAAAUGUUGCAAAUCGAAUUGAUCUCGUUCACCAAGAUUGUCGCCCAUGAUCUGACCCGCGAAGAGAUCGGCUCCUGGGUUAUUGUGAGUCGCAGUAACAUGAACAUCGCAUUGGGGGGUGAAACCGAUGCGCCCGGAACCGACUGGAACAUCGACCCAAUACUAUGGAACAAAUUCCCCUUGCCAAACUCGGUAGCUCCGUCAUUCGAGACUUGCAACAUUGAGAGAAGAUAUGAGCUGGAAGUUCGCAUUGGAUUAAUGCACGGCACACCCGGAGACAUGAAGCCUCAACUCAUUGUCCUCCCCCUACGGAUGCCCGUGAAGGUCUACUCUGGAAUCGCACCACCCCAAGCCCUCCUGGACGCAAUGGCAGCCGUCAAACUCCAGCCAUCCCCCACCAAAACCACCCCACAACCCCCCUGGCCAGCCUCCAGCGAACAACCCAGACCCGCAAUGCCCCCCAGACCAGAAGGCGAACCCAUUCCCGCAGACGCGGGAGCCGUCUACGACGACGCACCCCCAAGCUAUGAGGAUGCGAUAGCAGAUAAUCUAGCACCGGUAGAUGGACCACGUCGCGAGUAUCACCCACCAGACGCCUCCACCUCCUCCCGAAGCUCCGUGGAACCAGGAACUGAUGCCAAAUCGCCAGUCCAGGCUGGCAGGGAACGCGACCGCACAGCCAUGGCAGGCCCAUCGGCUGAGGGAUUCGUGGCACGCGAUAGUCGCGAGGGCCGGUCCUCGUCCGAAUCAUUCGAUAUGCUCCCGACGACCCCGCCCGAGUCGAAUUCCGGAUCCCCUCCCAUCUCCCCGGUGCGCCGAUCACAGAGUACGGUCAAAGUCACGCGUCACCCCGUGGAAGAAGAGAGUCCCCCCCGUAUACCAGCCUGUUGCGGAGGGUCAGCCGACAAUUGGUGGUGUGGCACAGAGACAGACUUCUCAGAGUCAUGCGCGCCCGAUGAAUCUCGGUGUGCCUAG